AUGCCCGAAGGUUCGAAAAAAUCGUUUGUCGCUCAGGGACAGGACGAGUGGACAUUAGCUAGUCCACAACUUGGAGGCGAGUCAAAUGGAGAGGAUCCUUUUCAGGGCAACCGGAAACGUACUCGCGGGUCUUUCGUGCUGUUGUCUGCAGGAGGGGGCGGUGGUGGAGGAGGAGGCGGAGGUGGCGGGUGCCGCCGACGUGACUACGAACGUCGCAGUGCUGGCGGUCGGGGUGCUUCCGGUCUUGCCACCAUCAGCUCCUCGGUCGCGGGGAGCGCGGGGGGUUGUGGCCCCGUGGUGGGGCUCCCCUCCUACAAAAAGCGCCAAGGAAGUGCAGCAACAUGGAAUCGAGACCGUGGACGUGCAAAGGGUGGUCGUGGUACCGGGGAUGGCUCAACAUUUUUGGGCGCCAACGUCCCCGGAAAUUAUCCACCGGGAUAUCAUCAGGGAGUCGGCGGUACAACCGGAUAUCAUGAGGUCAUUAAUAUCCUUGGAAAACGCAAUAAAGCUGGUACAUUAACAGGAAUAGAUCCACCGCCAGGUGUUUCGGAGACUGAGGACGACAACGAAGAAGAAGGUGCACCUAAAAAACCACCACGUCCAUUGUACAGAAGAUUCAUUAAUUACGUCCGGCAAGCGUGGACUGGCGUCAAAUUCGCUUUAGAUUCUGAAUAUGAAGAAGAGCAAACACCGCGCUAUAGACCAGACUCGUUAGCAAGUCUCUGCAGAGCGACACGAUUUACUGAAGCGGAGUUGAAAAGGAUAUACCGUGGUUUCAAAGCCGUAUGUCCUACAGGCGUGGUCAGAGAAGAUACAUUCAAGUGUAUUUACUCACAGUUUUUUCCUCAAGGAGCAAAUACCAGUCAAUAUGCCCACUAUGUGUUUAAUACCCUGGAUCAAGAUCACAGUGGACUAUUGAGCUUCGAGGACUUUGUUACCGGUUUGAGUAUACUUUCACGUGGAUCAAUGGAUGAAAAGCUUCGCUGGACAUUCUCGCUUUAUGACAUAAAUGGAGAUGGCUGUAUAACACGAGAUGAAAUGACAGAUAUCGUGACUGCGGUCUACGAAUUGAUGGGAAAAUUUUCUGACCCGAAUAUGGAUACUGACGGCGUACGUGAACGAGUCGAUAGGAUAUUUCAGAAAAUGGAUGGGAAUAAAGAUGGUGUUGUCACACUGACAGAAUUUUUGGACGCCUGUCGUGCUGAUCCAGAAAUUUCAGCAUCAAUGGCAGCCCUUGACACGGCUUUCUGACACGAGGCACAUUUUUAUAACACUCAUUGGACCUGAGAAACUGCUAUUGUAUUGAAACAGUAAUUAUUUUAUCAUACCAGCGAUUUGUUGGGAAAAGGAAAAACGCUCAAUUGUCACACACAAUAAUCUUUAGAAAACUGUUCAACUUUUUUAUAUUUCUUUGUUUAUCUUUUUUUUUCUUAUUGAAAAAAAUAAAUAAUAAAAAGUUGAGCGUAGAAUAGCUCGUGACAACGAUGAUUUUAGAUAUAUAUUUUUAGUUUGAUUUAACUCGGUCCAAAAAUAUAUUAAAAUUUAACAAAACGUAAAAGUGACCGAUGCUGCUACUAUAUAUUAUUAUAUAUUAAUAUUAAUAUUAUUAGUGUAAUGCCGAUAAUAUUUAAUCGGUUUGUUUAAUAUUUAAGUGUGUCGACAAAUAUUUAUUUUUGUGACAGAUACAUUGAUGACGUAAUAAUAAGUAUUUAUAUUACAAAAAAUAUAUGUAUAUAAAUAUAAGUAUAUUUUGUGCUGCUGAAAACUUUUAAUUUAAUUAUGAAAAUCAACAAAUUUUUCUUUUUUUGGCGACGAAUAAUUCUGACGCUUAAAUUUUUAACCCAUUGGUUACUGCGGUCUUGUUUGGGUCAACUAUUAUAAGAGUCAUAGGUAAUUUAUAAAAGGCUAAAUUUUUCGUUGGUCGUUAAAUAAUCUCACGGAAACAUUUUUUUUUUCGCUUCAAUUAAAAAAAGAAAAAAAAAUCUCAUGCUAGCGUGCAGAUAAUUUUGUGGUGAAAAUUAUCCAAAAAGUUUGGUACUUUUAAGAUAUUUAUUGAAGUCUUGUCCGAAAAAAUAUUUACGAAAACAAAAGACAUAUUUAUUCCUUUAUGUUUACAUAAUUACAUAAAUAUUUUGUGUUGCCUUCUGUAAAUGUAUGAGUUAGAAUGUUAGUAUGUAAUGUUCAUUAAUGCGAGUAGAGUCGUUAUGCGAAAUUUGAAAUCAAUUGGAAAGUUCGUUUCUGAAAAAUUAAUCUUUUAAUUUGUUUCUUAUAUAUGUAGACUAGGGUGGCUCAUUUGAAACGACUAUUUUUUUUUUUGGUCCAUUGACGGAAUAUUGUUCUAGACAUAAAAAAAAAAUUUUCCACAAAAUUUGAGCCCUUAAUUUUAAUUUUAAGAACUCGCUAAUUGAAUUUGAAAUUUUCCCAUUCAUUUAGCAUGUAAAGUGGAGGUUUUUUUUUUUAAUUAUCUAUAGCUCUGCUGCAUUUCACGUUUUUUUACUGUCCAUAGGCAGAAGUUGUAGGGGAACCUUUAUACUUCAAAAGUUCCUACAGUA